AUGAAGGCUGUUCGUAACCUGCUGAUUUAUAUAUUUUCCACCUAUCUCCUGGUUAUGUUUGGAUUUAAUGCUGCCCAAGACUUCUGGUGUUCAACUUUGGUGAAGGGAGUCAUUUAUGGAUCGUAUUCUGUAAGUGAAAUGUUUCCCAAAAACUUUACAAACUGCACUUGGACGCUGGAAAAUCCAGAUCCAACCAAAUAUAGCAUUUACCUGAAAUUUUCCAAAAAGGACCUUAGCUGCUCUAACUUUUCCCUCCUGGCUUACCAGUUUGAUCAUUUUUCCCAUGAAAAAAUCAAGGAUCUUUUAAGAAAGAAUCAUUCUAUAAUGCAACUCUGCGAAUCCAAGAAUGCUUUCGUUUUUCUACAGUAUGACAAAAAUUUUAUUCAAAUACGUCGGGUCUUUCCAACCGAUUUCCCAGGAUUACAGAAAAAAGGGGAAGAAGAUCAGAAAUCUUUUUUUGAAUUUUUGGUGUUGAACAAGGUGAGCCCGAGCCAGUUUGGUUGUCAUGUGUUAUGCACUUGGUUGGAGAGCUGCUUAAAGUCAGAAAAUGGGAGAACGGAGUCCUGCGGGAUCAUGUAUACAAAGUGCACCUGCCCUCAGCACUUGGGAGAGUGGGGGCUCGACGACCAGGCACUGGUUUUGUUAAAUAACGUGGUGUUGCCCCUGAAUGAGCAGACUGAGGGCUGCCUGACCCAAGAGCUGCAAACCACCCAGGUCUGCAAUCUUACCAGGGAGGCCAAGCGACCGCCCAAAGAAGAAUUUGGAAUGAUGGGAGAUCAUACAAUUAAAAGUCAGCGACCUCGAUCUGUUCAUGAAAAAAGGGUCCCUCAGGAACAAGCUGAUGCUGCUAAAUUUAUGGCACAAACUGGUGAAUCUGGCGUGGAAGAGUGGUCCCAGUGGAGCACAUGCUCAGUUACUUGUGGUCAGGGGUCGCAGGUGCGAACCAGAACUUGUGUAUCACCUUACGGGACACACUGCAGCGGCCCAUUAAGAGAAUCAAGGGUUUGCAAUAACACUGCCCUCUGUCCAGUCCAUGGAGUCUGGGAGGAGUGGUCUCCGUGGAGUCUCUGCUCAUUCACCUGUGGUCGAGGCCAGAGAACCAGAACGAGGUCGUGCACUCCGCCCCAGUAUGGGGGGAGGCCGUGCGAAGGGCCGGAGACGCAUCAUAAGCCGUGUAAUAUCGCCCUCUGCCCAGUCGACGGACAGUGGCAGGAGUGGAGCUCCUGGAGCCAGUGCUCGGCGACCUGCUCGAAUGGGACCCAGCAGAGGAGUCGGCUGUGCACUGCGGCUGCGCACGGGGGCUCGGAGUGCAGGGGGCCCUGGGCAGAGAGCAGAGAGUGUUACAACCCCGAGUGCACAGCCAAUGGGCAGUGGAAUCAAUGGGGUCAUUGGAGUGGCUGCUCCAGGUCCUGUGACGGAGGCUGGGAGAGAAGGAUGAGGACCUGCCAGGGCGCGGCCAUGACUGGGCAGCCUUGCGAAGGGACAGGCGAGGAAGUGCGGAGAUGCAGUGAGCAGCGCUGUCCUGCACCUUAUGAAAUAUGCCCAGAGGAUUAUCUGAUGUCGAUGGUGUGGAAGAGGACUCCAGCAGGCGACUUGGCCUUCAAUCAGUGCCCAAUGAAUGCCACAGGCACCGCUAGCAGACGCUGCUCGCUCAGUCUUCACGGAGUGGCCUUCUGGGAACAGCCGAGCUUUGCAAGAUGCAUAUCAAAUGAGUACAGACACUUGCAGCAUUCAAUCAAAGAACACCUUGCAAAGGGGCAGAGAAUGCUGGCGGGUGAUGGGAUGUCCCAGGUCACCAAGACACUGCUGGAUUUAACUCAGAGGAAAAACUUCUAUGCGGGCGAUCUUCUGAUGUCGGUUGAAAUCCUCAGGAAUGUGACGGACACCUUUAAAAGGGCAAGUUACAUCCCUGCCUCUGAUGGCAUCCAGAACUUCUUUCAAAUAGUUAGCAACCUUCUCGAUGAAGACAACAAGGAAAAAUGGGAAGAUGCACAGCAGAUUUAUCCAGGCUCGAUAGAGUUAAUGCAGGUGAUUGAAGAUUUUAUACACAUUGUUGGAAUGGGGAUGAUGGACUUUCAGAAUUCAUACUUAAUGACUGGAAAUGUAGUGGCUAGCAUUCAGAAGCUUCCUGCAGCCUCUGUUCUAACAGACAUCAACUUCCCAAUGAAAGGACGGAAGGGGAUGGUUGACUGGGCAAGAAACUCAGAAGACAGAGUCGUCAUUCCAAAAAGCAUCUUCACUCCUGUGUCAUCAAAAGAAUUAGAUGAAUCAUCGGUCUUUGUUCUUGGAGCAGUCCUGUACAAAAACUUAGAUCUAAUUUUGCCCACUCUGAGAAAUUAUACUGUCGUCAAUUCCAAAAUCAUCGUGGUCACCAUAAGGCCUGAACCCAAAACAACGGAUUCAUUCCUGGAGAUAGAGCUAGCUCAUUUGGCUAAUGGUACUUUGAAUCCCUAUUGUGUGUUAUGGGAUGACUCAAAAACGAACGAUUCUUUGGGAACGUGGUCCACCCAGGGAUGUAAAACUGUGCUUACCGAUGCAUCCCAUACGAAAUGCUUAUGUGAUCGUCUCUCUACCUUCGCCAUUUUGGCUCAGCAACCUAGAGAAAUAAUCAUGGAAUCCUCUAGUACACCUUCAGUUACCCUGAUCGUAGGCAGUGGCCUUUCUUGCUUGGCCUUGGUCACCCUAGCAGUUGUCUAUGCAGCGUUAUGGAGGUACAUCCGCUCUGAGAGGUCCAUAAUUCUAAUUAACUUCUGCCUGUCUAUCAUCUCAUCCAACAUCCUCAUCCUGGUUGGACAGACUCAGACACAUAAUAAGAGCAUCUGUACGACCACCACAGCAUUUCUGCACUUUUUCUUCCUGGCUUCAUUCUGUUGGGUUUUGACUGAAGCGUGGCAAUCAUAUAUGGCUGUAACCGGAAAAAUUAGAACACGGCUUAUAAGGAAACGCUUUUUGUGCCUUGGAUGGGGUUUACCAGCUUUAGUGGUGGCCACAUCCGUAGGCUUCACCAGGACAAAAGGAUAUGGCACUGAUCACUAUUGCUGGCUCUCUCUUGAAGGAGGUCUACUCUACGCCUUUGUGGGACCUGCAGCUGCUGUUGUCCUGGUCAACAUGGUGAUUGGCAUUUUGGUAUUUAAUAAACUUGUUUCAAGAGAUGGGAUCCUAGAUAAAAAGCUCAAACACAGAGCCGGUCAGAUGAGUGAGCCUCAUAGCGGUUUGACGCUCAAAUGUGCCAAGUGUGGAGUAGUUUCAACAACAGCUUUAUCAGCCACCACCGCCAGUAAUGCCAUGGCGUCUCUCUGGAGCUCCUGUGUGGUGUUGCCCCUUCUGGCUCUGACGUGGAUGUCUGCAGUUCUGGCCAUGACAGACAAACGCUCCAUCCUGUUUCAGAUUCUUUUUGCUGUGUUUGAUUCAUUACAAGGCUUUGUGAUAGUCAUGGUCCACUGCAUUCUUCGAAGAGAGGUUCAGGAUGCAUUUAGAUGUCGAUUAAGAAACUGUCAGGACCCAAUCAAUGCUGAUUCUUCCAGUUCGUUUCCUAAUGGGCAUGCUCAAAUCAUGACAGACUUUGAAAAGGAUGUAGACAUUGCUUGUCGAUCAGUUCUUCAUAAGGAUAUUGGUCCCUGCAGAGCAGCAACAAUAACAGGCACCCUCUCUAGGAUUUCUCUGAAUGAUGAUGAAGAAGAAAAAGGAACAAACACUGAAGCACUUAGCUAUUCAACAUUGCCUGGAAACGUCAUUUCCAAAGUCAUUAUUCAGCAGCCCACAGGUCUACACAUGCCCAUGGGUAUGAAUGAGCUAGGCAAUCAAUGUUUGAAAAAAGAGAACAGUGAAUUGCGGAGAACUGUGUACUUAUGUACGGAUGAUAAUUUGAGAGGGGCGGAUAUGGACAUCGUCCAUCCUCAAGAGAGAAUGAUGGAGAGUGACUAUAUUGUGAUGCCCAGAAGUUCUGUAAAUACCCAGCCAUCAAUGAAAGAAGAAAGCAAAAUGAAUAUCGGCAUGGAAACCCUGCCCCAUGAAAGGUUAUUGCACUACAAAGUGAAUCCUGAAUUCAACAUGAAUCCUCCUGUCAUGGACCAGUUCAAUAUGAACUUAGAGCAACAUCUCGCACCCCAGGAACAUAUGCAGAAUUUGCCCUUUGAGCCUCGCACAGCUGUGAAGAACUUCAUGGCCUCUGAGUUGGAUGAAAAUGCAGGAUUAUCAAGAAGUGAAACUGGAUCAACAAUAUCGAUGAGUUCUUUAGAAAGAAGAAAAUCACGAUAUUCAGACCUUGACUUUGAGAAGGUUAUGCAUACAAGGAAGAGGCACAUGGAGCUGUUUCAGGAACUCAAUCAGAAAUUUCAAACUUUGGACAGAUUUCGGGAUAUACCAAAUACAAGCAGUCUGGAAAACCCAGCACCAAACAAGAAUCCAUGGGACACUUUCAAAAACCCCAGUGAAUACCAACAUUACACCACAAUCAAUGUCUUAGACACAGAGGCAAAAGAUGCUUUGGAACUGAGACCAGCAGAGUGGGAGAAAUGUCUGAGUUUGCCUCUGGACGUGCAGGAGGGGGACUUUCAAACAGAAGUUUAA